UUUCUUCAUUUGAAACAAUCGCUCGUUUCUCAGCCCCUGACGUCGACCCUCACUCUGUCGCGCAUCUCCCCGACCCUCACUCAAUCUCAGACUCAGUUUCCUUUCUCACUAGUCGGCGGCGCAGCCUCCUCCCUUCGAUUGUUAGCGGCGCGGGCGAACGAAGCUUCUCCUCUUCCUCUCUCGUCGGCGCGGGCGCAGAGUCUUCUCCCCCUCACUAUCGUAGGCGGCGCAGCAUCUAUUUCCUCUUCCUCUCUUUCGUCGGCGCCUGACUGCCUCCUUCACCCACGGCCACGGCCGGUCACUUAGAGAAGAAGAAUAUCGAAGCUGCAAUUUGUGGAUUGGACCUCUUGAGGGUAUUCAAUUUUUUGAGGUGAUUUUGAGACGUUUCAGUGGAUACUUUUGAGGGUUUUGCAUCAAGUUUGAAGCGUGAGGUACCCGAACCCGCACAAAACCGUUUGUGCCAAAGUUGUAAUCAUACUCCAUCAAAAAUAAGAAUUAGCUCUUCCCUUUCCCUUGCCGCCUUCAUCACAACUAAUCAACACUACACAGAGAGGGAAAGAUGGUUUUGCCAGAAGAUGAAAUUACAAGGCUUUUCAGGGUUAGAAAAACAGUGAUGCAAAUGCUCAAGGAUCGUAAUUAUUUAGUUGGAGAUUUUGAGAUUAACAUGACCAGAGAACAAUUCAGAAACAAGUAUGGUGAGAGCAUGAAAAGGGAAGACCUAACCAUCAGUAAAGCUAAGAGGAACGAUAGCUCUGAUCAGAUUUAUGUGUUUUUCCCAGAGGAACCGAAGGUGGGUGUCAAGACAAUGAAGAGUUACACCAACCGGAUGAAGUCAGAAAAUGUUGUCAGAGCAAUGUUGGUUGUUCAACAGAAUUUGACUCCCUUCGCUCGCACUUGUAUAAGUGAGAUAUCUUCCAAGUUCCACUUGGAGGUUUUUCAGGAAGCUGAAUUACUAAUCAACAUCAAAGAGCAUGUUCUUGUUCCUGAGCAUCAAGUCCUCACAAAUGAGGAAAAGAAGACUUUGUUGGAGCGGUAUACAGUGAAAGAAACUCAGCUUCCUCGCAUUCAAGUUACUGAUCCUGUGGCAAGAUACUAUGGACUGAAGCGUGGACAAGUUGUGAAGAUAAUCCGGCCGAGUGAGACAGCAGGGCGAUAUAUUACCUACCGAUACGUUGUGUAGUAACAAGGCCGAGAGAACUGAAGGGCAAUGCCACUCCUUGUUUGUUGUACUCAGUGUUUGAGAACCUAAUUUAAAAAUUGGCAUUUGAGCCUAAAUUAAGGUUGAGUGAAGUGUCUUGAUCCCAUUUUUAGGCCAAUUUAAAGAAACAGAGAGUCUUAGCUACAACUCAUUUUUGGCCUCAUCAUCGUCCAACUCUAGGCAUGGAUUAAUAGAAGCUAGAAAUACUAAAAAUUUCUCAUGUGUUGUAAACAGAAAUAAUCAGUCAUACUUAACUUACUCAAUUGGGAUGGAGGCCCCUUUCUUCA